GUAUUAUUUGAGAAUUCACGUAGACCCACUUCCGUUUGUCGUUGAGAACGGGCCACAUAUGCUUUACCAUCACCAGAUCUCUUCUUAGAUUCCCUUCUUAUUAGCUUCUGUAAGUUUAGGCUCCGAAGUUCAAAAAUGCUUCCUUUUCUAUCUGACUGAUCUCUCUCUCUUUAACUCAAAGGUAAGCCAUCCGCUUUGUGUAUUAUGUUUCUUUUGAUUAAUAGAUUCAAUUGUUGCACUUCUUUGUAGAAGUUCUUGUGCUUUGUACAAAAGUCCAGAAACUCUGUAUACCCUUUUCAGUUUCACCCCGUUUUGCUUUCCUUAUUGCUUGGAGUCUUGCAACUAUUUAGUAGUGAAUUGAGUUCCACUGCAAACUAGUUAAUGUUUAUGUAAUUUCAAAACCCGGGCUUGAUCUUACUUGGAAUUGUGAUAUUCCUUGGACCCAGAUUGUCUUUUUAGGAUUUUUUCCUGACCCAGUUAAGAUUUUGAGGAGAUAUCUUGAACCCUUAUUGGAAUUUCAUGGAUACUUUACUUAAAACACCUAACAAGCUUGAAUUUUUUAACCCACUUCAUGGCUUUUCUGAAAAAGUUAGCAAUUCAAGCUCUUCAAAGCUUCAAAACCUGGAGUUUAGAUUUGGUCCCAAGAGGUCUCAUAUGAGAUGGGGUAGGAGUGGUUGUGUUAAGGCUAGUGGUAGUGCUCUCUUAGAGCUUGUUCCUGAAACUAAAAAGGAGAAUCUUGACUUUGAGCUUCCUUUGUAUGACCCAUCAAAGGGCCUUGUGGUGGACCUAGCAGUUGUGGGGGGUGGCCCUGCUGGGUUAGCCGUUGCACAGCAAGUUUCAGAGGCAGGGCUUUCAGUUUGCGCGAUUGACCCGUCGCCCAAAUUGAUUUGGCCCAAUAACUAUGGUGUUUGGGUGGAUGAAUUUGAGGCCAUGGACUUGCUUGAUUGCCUUGACACUACCUGGUCUGGAGCUGUUGUGUUCAUUGAUGAUCAAUCAAAGAAGGACCUUGAUAGACCUUAUGGAAGGGUUAAUAGGAAGCAGCUGAAGUCGAAAAUGCUGCAAAAAUGCAUAUCAAAUGGCGUCAAGUUUCACCAAGCUAAAGUUAUUAAGGUUAUCCAUGAGGAGUCUAAAUCUUUGUUGAUUUGCAAUGAUGGUGUCACAGUUCAGGCUGCCGUAGUUCUUGAUGCGACUGGCUUUUCUAGAUGCCUUGUUCAGUAUGACAAGCCCUAUAAUCCUGGUUACCAAGUGGCUUAUGGGAUUUUGGCCGAGGUUGAAGAACACCCAUUUGAUGUAGAUAAAAUGGUUUUCAUGGACUGGAGAGAUUCACAUCUGAACAACAAUGUGGAGUUAAAAGAGAGAAAUAGUAGGAUCCCCACUUUUUUAUAUGCAAUGCCCUUUUCCUCUGACAGGAUAUUUCUUGAGGAAACUUCCCUAGUUGCUCGGCCUGGAGUGCCUAUGGAAGAUAUCCAGGAAAGAAUGGUGGCUAGAUUAAGGCACCUGGGCAUAAAAGUGAAAAGCAUUGAAGAGGAUGAGCGUUGUGUCAUUCCAAUGGGUGGGCCCCUUCCCGUGCUCCCCCAAAGAGUUGCUGGAAUCGGUGGUACUGCCGGGAUGGUGCACCCCUCAACUGGGUAUAUGGUAGCAAGGACUUUAGCAGCAGCUCCAAUUGUAGCGAAUGCCAUAGUUCAAUACCUUGGUUCUGAUGGUCUUUCAGGAAAUGACUUGUCUGCUGAAAUUUGGAAAGAUUUGUGGCCCAUACAAAGGAGGAGACAAAGGGAGUUCUUCUGUUUUGGUAUGGAUAUUCUCCUCAAGCUUGAUUUACCAGGUACAAGGAGGUUUUUUAAUGCAUUUUUCGAUCUAGAACCUCACUAUUGGCAUGGAUUCUUAUCAUCUCGACUGUUUCUUCCUGAGCUUUUAGUUUUUGGGCUUUCACUAUUCUCUCAUGCUUCUAAUAUGUCUAGAGUAGAGAUUAUGGCAAAGGGAACUGUUCCUUUGGUAAACAUGAUCAAGAACUUGGUAAAGGACAGUAGUUAAGAUGACUGGGAAUUGGAUAUCCAUACAUUCUAUGCUAAUUGUAUUGAUGUAGCUGCUCCUUAAAGUUUA